AUUGGCGAAGAAGCCUUCCCUUCUCUUCUCUCCUAUAUCAUUCGGAAAAAGACGAGACCACGACACAAUGAGAUCUUCAUUUCAUUUCGCAUUUCAUUUUAAAUAAAAUCGCGUUUUCUCCUCUUAACCCAGACAUGGCAGAAGAAGAAGAAGAAUCGGAGCUCAGCGAUAAGCACAAGGUGGAAAUCGCCAAAUGGUUCCUCCUCAACUCUCCUCCUGGGGAAAUCAAAUACGUUGCCAAAGAUGUCAAAUCCAUUCUCAACAACGACGAUUUGUACAAUGAGGCCGCUUCCGAGGCUUUUCCCUUUUACAACAAAUCCCACUUGAUUUCCCUUCAAAUGGCCAAUCGUAGCGGAGACGUACUGGUUACUUCGUUUGGUGAACUUGAGGGUAAUGCGUUUCUUGAACCUAGAACUGCUCAAGUAGCAAUUGUUGACCAUGUUAAACAAGUUUGUACAGAUGUGAGACCUGCCACUGACGAAGAACUUGCAUCUGCAUAUGUUGAAGAAUUUCGAUGCAAUCUGGACGUUGAAGUACUUAAAUAUGUUGAAGAAGCCUAUCCAAAAGGUGUCUGCUCUGUUUACUGCAUAAAUGGGAAAGAUGUAGAGGGCCCAGGUUCGAAUUUUGAGCUUGCUGUGGUGAUUUCUGCUGCUAGGCACAGCCCACAAAAUUUCUGCAAUGGGAGUUGGUCUUCAGUAUGGAAUAUUGAGUUCAAGUAUGAUCAACAAGCAGUGGAAUUAAAGGGUAAAAUGGAGGUGGGUGCCCAUUAUUUUGAGGAAGGAAAUGUGCAGUUAGAUGCGAAGCACGAGUGCAAAGAUACAAUUAUUUUUCAGGCCCCCGAAGAAUGUGCAGUUGCCAUAACAAGCAUUAUUCGUCAUCAUGAAACGGAGUACUUUGCUUCUCUUGAGGCAUCAUAUCUAAACCUUUCUGAUUCGACUUUCAAGGAUCUUCGGCGAAAGCUUCCCGUGACCCGCACCUUAUUUCCAUGGAAUAAUACUUUGCAAUUUAGCUUGACAAGAGACAUAUCAAAAGAACUUGGCAUUGGAAAGUAAAUACACACAGUCACACAGAACUAAUAGAAGUUUGUGUUUUUACUGGAACUCGGUGGGACAAGUUCUUCAUAUAUUCACUGCAUAUCAUAUAUCAAGCCAAUCAUUCUUUAGGUUGACGUUCUUUAUAUUCACUCAUUUGCGUCAUGAAGCUUCCUCCUUUGUCUGAGUGAGUAUCUUCCGCUGAUGUACUGUAGUUCAUUGUAGUUCUUUUUUGACAUUAUUUGUAUAGCCGAAGAGUUCGCCUUGUUUCUGUCCAUCAUACCUAAGAAGAUUCUGAUUGCAGUUCAAAAUAUUGCAAGAAGUUUGUUCACUA